UAUGGUCCAAUUGCCAAGACCAUCAUUGCUGAGCCAACGUACGGCAAGACGAUCAUUGCUGAGCCAACGUACGCCAAGACCAUCGUUUCGGAGCCGAUCUACACCAAGAAUGUGUACGCCGAGCCCAUCUAUUCGGCCAAGCCACUGAUCGCUGAGCCAGUGUACGGUAAGAGCAUUAUCGCUCAGCCAGCUCCGAUCUACGGUGGCAAGGUGCUGUCCUAUGCGCCAAACCUCGCUUACGGUGGUAUCUCUGCCCAUGGUUGGUAAAGAACUGUGUCUGUGAUAAUUAGCAACUGAAUGUGUAUAGACUUGUUUGUGAUAUUUGAAAAAAUAAAAUAUUUUACGAGUAAAACAUAUGAAACAAACUAAAGACUAA